AUGAAAUUCAGUUUGGUUGUUUUUCUUCUCGCCAGCGCAUCUUUGCUCGCUGUUAAGUCGUUAUCUCCAAUACGGCAAUACGUUAUUCGUCGUGAUUUCUUCUCGAACUUCAAAGCUGGUGAAUUUUCCGUGUACGACACUGACGAAAAACAUCUUUAUUAUCGUAUCGAAUCGAAAUAUUUUCCCUUACAGAAGAUCGAACUCAUUGCUUACCCAUCUAAACAAACCGUUGGCAAGCUGCAAGCAAAACUUAAUCUGCUUCUCUACAAAGGCGAGUUUUCGUUUCAAAAUCCUCUUUCAAACCAAUGGAUCAAUGGGAUUAUCGAACAAAAAUUUGUUUUAGCCCGUGAUGUAUUUGCUAUCACGUGGAAUGGACAUCAAAUAACAGUGCAGAAAGAACUAGGUUCAUUGACGAAUCAUUUCUAUGAUGGGAAUACUUUGUUGGCACAAUUUCGACUUCGACCUGCAUCGGUUCUCUGGGCACGAAAAUAUGAUAUGCAGAUCUUUUCAGAUAAAUAUCCUGAAAAUAUCUAUUUACUAGCAUUAGCUGCUCGUGACCAUACAAUUUCAUCAAAGAAAUUCAAGUUGUAA